GCGAAUGCGCCAAGAGAUGAUGGGAUCUCCCGUUCCUGCCAAGCUUCCAGUAAUCGCAUCUACUUUGAGCACGUUUUUGUUCAGUACGUGCUGUAGUAGAGUGCGCCAAGUCUCGACUUUUCGUCAAGCAGCCAACUAGUGCGCCAUCCUGACGGGCAACUUGCUGGAUCAGACACCGAGCUGGACCAUGUUUGCAAUGCCAGUCGUCUGGAAGGCCACAUCCGGCCAGCAGCACGGCGGGUUGGGAAUAUGGUAUAAGUGAGUAGAUAUCCUUGGGCUUGGUCCCCUUCCCUCGCCUCUUGGCUGUCCAGUCUGUCCAGUCUGCCCAGGAGUCCAAGACCGUCGGUCCGAAGCCAAGUGCAGACAAGCUCGCCAAGAUGGUGCUCGACAGUUACACCUACAUCUUCGCUAUCGGCAGCUGCUUCGCCCUGCUCGAGGCCUACAACAAUGGCGCCAACGAUGUGGCGAAUGCGUGGGCGACCAGCGUGUCGUCGCGAUCCGUGACGUACCGACAGGCAAUGGUCCUGUGCACCAUCUUCGAGCUGACCGGGGCGCUCGCGGUGGGUGCCCGGACGGCGUCGACCAUCAAGAACGGCAUCAUCCCCAGCAGCGCGUUUGGCGACAACGCGGGCGUGCAGCUGCUUGCCUUCGCGUGUUCCUCGGCCGGCGCCGCGCUCUGGGUGAUGUGGUGCACGCGCAACUCGGCCCACGUGUCGUCGACCUACUCGCUCGUCUCGUCCAUCGCCGGCGUCGGUGUCGCGGCCGUCGGCGCCAGCAAGGUGCAGUGGGGCUGGAGCGACGGCUCCGGGCUCGGCGCCAUCUUUGCCGGCCUGGCUAUGGCGCCCUUUAUCUCGGGCUGCUUCGGCGCCAUCAUCUUCAUGCUCAUCAAGCUGACGGUCCAUAAGCGCAAGAACCCGCUGCCGUGGGCCGUCUGGACCUCGCCGGUCUUCUUCCUUAUCGCCGGCACCGUCUGUACGCUCUCCAUCGUCUAUAAGGGCUCGCCGCGGUUGGGUCUGGAGAAGAAGCCCGGAUGGUGGAUUGCGUGUGUCUCGGUCGGCACCGGCCUCGCCCUCUGCCUGGUGUCGGCGCUCUUCUUCGUGCCGUACGUCCACGCCAAGGUUGUCAAGCGGGACCAUACGGUGCGGUGGUGGAUGAUGUUCCAAGGCCCGCUGCUCUUCAAGCGGCCCGCUCCCCCGGAUGCCGAGCAUCUCCAGGUCAAGGUGCCGGACUACUCGGUCAUCCAGGCGGCCCCGUCCGACUCGGACUCGAUGGAUGACACGUACGCGCACAAGAAGAACGACAGCGGCAGCGUCGACGACAUCAAGCCCGCCGCGCCGGCCUCUGUCCCGGUCUCGGUCUCUGCCGGAGACAGCGAGAAGGGCGCGGCCACGGAGGGGGCCCUGGUCGAGUACACGCACGCACAGUACCAGCAGCUGCUCCGGGACGCCGAGGAGCGGCACCACGCCAACCUGCGCAAGACCAAGGGUCCGCUGGGCUGGGCCAUGCGCACGCUGCACAAGAACCGGCUCGGGGCCGGGUCGAUCCACGAGACGCACAACAUGAUCGCCCUGCUCAAGCGGCUCCCGGCCAUGGCCGUGGUCGCGCUGCUCUACGGCACGCACUACGACAUCCACACGGCGCAGGUCGGCAUCCACAACUCGCCGGAGGGCCGGCGCAUGGCGCGCGUGUACAGCCACGCGCCGAAAUACCCCAACGAGGUCGAGCACCUGUACUCGUUCGUGCAGGUCAUCACGGCCUGCACCGCGUCGUUUGCCCACGGCGCCAACGACGUCGGCAACGCCGUCGGCGUAUGGGCCGGCAUGUACGCGGCCUGGUCGACGGGCAAGCCCAGCGCGUCCAAGGCCGAGGUGCCCUACUGGCAGCUCGGCGUGACGGCGGCCGCCAUCUGCAUCGGCUUCAUCACCUACGGCUACAACAUCAUGAAGGUCAUGGGCAACAAGCUCACCUAUCACUCGCCCAGCCGCGGCUCGUCCAUGGAGCUGGGCGCCGCCAUCACCAUCCUCAUCUUCUCGCAGUACAAGCUGCCCGUGUCGACGUCCAUGUGCAUCACGGGCGCCACCGUCGGCGUCGGCCUCUGCAACGGCACCUUCAAGGCCGUCAACUGGAAGCGUGUCGGGCUCCUGUUCUUCUCCUGGGUCAUGACCGUCCCCAUUGCCGGCCUCAUUGGCGGCUGCCUCAUGGGCCUGGCUGUGAAUACGCCGCAUUGGUAGUACUACCUAGAUCUCUCGCUUGCUCUGAUCUUUUCUUCCUUUUUCCUUUCUUUUCGUUUUCUGGGUGGGUUUUGGCUUGCUGGGCGGCGUCAGGACGACGAGAACGACCGGGCGGUUGCUUUUCGAUGGAAAGAAAUAGAAUUGUGAUUUUGGAUUGACUUUCGUGAGGAUGUGCCUCCUGCUCUUGUGCAGAGACCUAGCAUAGACGUUCUCCCAGCGAGUCCUGAUAAUUUACGAGUACUUACUAGUGCUACUGUG